CCAUGGCGUGCAUCAACACGUCCUGUCGCUGUCAGGCGCGUUUUUGGGCACUGUUAUUAUUUGCCUUGACGUCACCACUAUUGUCUUCUGUCUAUUCAGCGACGACGUCCACAAAUACUGGUAGCAUUCAAGCCGUAAACUUGCUCUCUGAUUGCGAGAGCAGUCAGACUUGCGCCCCUUCAUUCUGCACUAAGGUGUCCAAUGCGGCCUGCACAUUUACGCCGUCGACCCUUGACCUAGUGUUAGCCAUUAGCGGCACAGCAUGCAAUCCCAGUUGCACUCAAGCGUCGCCAUCGAACUUUGAACAAUGCACCACUUCGUUCUUCGACAAGCACUUCACAACGUGGACCGGCGUGAAAGCAGCAUACUGCACAGAUAAAUUCUUAGUCGUGCAUUCGGACGGCUCGCCGACCCACACAACCUCUCUGAAUGCGGUGCCGCGGCCACCCGGUGGAGGCUCCGGGACAUACGAAACGUCUUGCGUCACCCGCUCCUUCGCGCAACAAUGGAUGACCUUCAAGGAAAGUACCUCUGUCCUACGCACUCAUGCCGGACGGGUCCUCCAACGCUGGCGGCUUCCUCACAGCUUCUGACCAGCUCGGCCCCACAGCCAACGGAUCCUACAUCCCGCUGCCCAAGGCUGGGCCCACUUCUUUCGCCAUCAACGGCGCCGCCAUCUUCCCUCCCUACAACGACCGUGCCGACAUGGGAGGCUUGCGAGAUUGACAAAUGCAAUGCCCACGUCGGACAAGGCUUUGAUUACCAUUUCCACGGUGACCCGUUCGGCCCCAGUUGCCUCUACAACGCCUCUUCCUAUGGCAGCAACACGCAUCCGCCCCUCAUUGGCUUUGGGCUGGAUGGCCCCUGGCUCUUCGGCAGGUACACGGGCUCCACCCAGCCCGGCUUCUCCGUAGCUCUGGACGCAUGCGGUGGCCACACACACGACAGCCUGCCGUACCACUACCACUCCCAGGUCCUGGCCAUGACCACCAGUGGCGGCGUGCUCAAGGACGUGGCCGCGGGCCAGGCCUACACCGCCUACCCCGCCGGGCCGCUGGGCUGCUGGCGCGGCAAUAUCAGCGCCAUCCCCAGCUUCUGGGACGAGCGCGGCCACACGGCGGCCUACGGCAACCCGCGCGACGCGCCUCCCGCCAUCUCCAGCCGCUCCGACUACGCGCUGCUGCGGCCAUGCUGUGGCAGCACCAGCUACUACCUAGCUCCUGGGUUCAGCCUGAACGGCGCUGCGGCGCGUGUGGCCUCCACCUACAGUGGCGCCGCAACCCCGGCCAUUAGCGACCCAGCUGCAGCCAGCAGUAGCAGCAGCACCACCACCACCACAAGCACCAUGAAUAGCAGUGCUGCAGGUAGCAACCGCCCGCCGCCCGCAAACAGCAGCAACUUGGCUACCCCAGCUGCAGCGCCUGCGGUGAAUGGGUCGUCCCCGCCACCAGCUGGCAAGAACAGUGCUGGCAGCCACGUGCUUGGCAGGGCCGGAGGCAUGCUGAUGGUGGCGUGCGGUAUCUUGAGCCUAAUUAUAUUUGGCCAGUGCUAGAUAGGGAUGUGAUAGACGGGACUUGGGUGCCAUUCAUUGCACUGCGCAUAUGGGUGCGACGUUGACUCUGCAUGGGCUAGGUGUCACGGAAAGGAUUGGGACAGGGGAGGGAAUUGCUUUCAUCUGUGGACACCUUGGACAUGGACGUUGUUGUACUGUACUUCGGCAUCGUAGAAAGGCGGUUAGGGGGACCAUACGCACUGUGCAGGUUUAUCGGCUGGAUACAGUACAGUGGGCACGCCCUGUACCUGUGUAUGAUUGGGUGGCAUGUGCGUGCCAGCUACGUGUAUUAAGUGGGUCUGUCCUUGCCUGGGCAUGGCAAGACACGCGUGGCUCGCUCGCGCAGUGCUGACUGGGUGUUCCAGGGUGUCACGCACUCGGGGCGUCCUAAUCCGGGUGUUUCCGUCCGAACCUGGUACGAACUGGUUCGGACGGUGUGUGUGUAUGUGUCUGUGUGUAUGUGUG